AUGGUGGUUAUGGUCACGGUGCUGGUGAUGGUGGUGACGGACUGUGGUGUGAUGGUGGCGGCAGUGACGGUGGCUGUAAUGACGGCAACAAUGGUGGUGAUGACUGUGACGGCGGCAGCCGUGGUGGUGGUGACGGCGGCGACGGUAGCCUGUGGUGGUGGCCGUGUUAUGAUUUGGUGGUGGUUAUUAGUGAUGGUGAUGAGGACAAAAUUGUAA